UCCUCCUUCGUUUUCCAGUGUAGUGCGUUGAUUUCAUACCAAAGUCAUACUUAACAUUCCACUUAUACUGUCAAACCUGUGAGAAAUAUUACGGAAAACAACAAGGCGCCAAAUUAUAACAAAGUAACUAAACUGACCAGCCGCUCUCCCCGAGAAGAAUAAAGGUGAUUGCCAGAUUAAAAAAAAAAAAAAAGAAAGUUCAUACCUGGAUUCAACACUUCAACCUCAACAGGAAUCCCAGCAGUUUACUUCAGCACUCGCAGACAGAGGAACACACACACGCACAAAAAAAAAAAAAAAAAAAACGAUUUGGAGGAAUACACAACUUCAGUCUGGUUUGGACCUCUGCAUCCCAAAGAUCUCCUACAGAUCCUUUGAUAUUGGGGCUCGUGGUCGGGCCCAGGGGGAGCCGCCACCAUUGCGUCCAACGAGUGGAGCGCCAACGGUAGCCCAGAAGAUGGGCUGGACGGUGACAACGAGGACAAGGCCAUGGACGGGGACGCCGAGGGCGUGUGGAGCCCAGAUAUUGAGCAGAGCUUCCAGGAAGCCCUCGCCAUCUACCCUCCCUGUGGCAGAAGGAAAAUCAUCCUGUCAGACGAGGGGAAGAUGUACGGUCGCAAUGAAUUAAUAGCACGGUACAUCAAGCUGAGGACAGGGAAAACCCGGACAAGAAAACAGGUGUCUAGUCACAUACAGGUGUUAGCACGGAAGAAAGUUCGCGAAUACCAGGCGGGUAUAAAGGUUUCUAGCCACUUGCAGGUUCUCGCCCGGAGAAAAUCUCGCGAGAUCCAGUCAAAGCUAAAGGCCAUGAAUUUGGAUCAGGCAUCUAAAGACAAAGCCCUGCAGAACAUGGCAGCACUCUCGUCUGCGCAGAUCGUCUCCCCGAGUAUGAUAAAGAAUCAUCUUCCACCACUGCCUCCUGCCCCUUACCAACCUACCAGAUUUUGGCCUGCCCCGAUCCCAGGACAGCCUGGACCCUCUCAGGAGCUGGUUCUAGAUCUCAACCCGGGAAGGACCCCUGGGUUUUGCCGCACCAGCCAUGCUAUCAAACCUUUUGCACAGCCCCCAUACCCAAGCCUACCAGGUCCUGUACCACAAUCCAUACCAAGUUAUGAGCCCUUGGCGCCCCCUCCUGCACCGACUGCUACUGCAGUGCCAGUGUGGCAGGAUCGGACCAUUGCUUCCUCUAAGCUGCGGAUGCUGGAGUACUCGGCCUUCAUGGAGGUCCAAAGAGACCCAGACAAUUACAGCAAACACCUGUUUGUCCACAUUGGACAGACCAAUCCCUCCUACAGCGAUCCGCUCCUCGAGGCUGUGGACAUCCGGCAGAUCUACGACAAGUUCCCUGAGAAGAAGGGGGGCCUCAAAGAGCUUUAUGAGAAAGGCCCACAGAAUGCUUUCUUUCUAGUAAAAUUUUGGGCUGACCUGAACAGUAGCGGGAUGCCGGACGGCCCGGGUUCAUUCUACGGCGUCAGCAGCCAGUACAGCAGCGCUGAGAACAUGACGAUCACUGUUUCAACCAAAGUCUGCUCAUUCGGCAAGCAGGUGGUUGAGAAAGUGGAGACGGAGUACGCCCGCCCAGAGGGAGGAAAGUGUGUUUACAGGAUUCACCGCUCUCCUAUGUGCGAAUACAUGAUCAACUUUAUCCACAAGCUCAAACACUUGCCCGAAAAAUACAUGAUGAACAGUGUUCUUGAAAACUUCACUAUCCUACAGGUGGUGACGAACCGCGACACGCAGGAGACCUUGCUCUGUAUAGCAUUUGUUUUUGAGGUUUCCACGAGUGAACAUGGAGCUCAGUAUCACGUCUACAGACUUGUUAAAGACUAACUCUUCAGGGAGGUUUUUUGGAAAAGCCAGACAAAAGCGUGACACAAUCUCUCUUCGACCAGCUCAACAACCAUCCAGGAAAAAGAGAACAAACAAAAAAAGAAACAUUCAAACAGUGCUACACCGAACUAACACGGACACAUUUUAUGCUUUAAGUAAAAGUAUGCAAGAGGAAAAAAAGCAAUGAUUAAAAAAAAAAAAAAGUGCCAUUUCGCAGAGAGAAUUUUGAAGAUUUGCCGACAACCAGCUAUUUUCCAUGUGUCUAAACAUGAUUCAGAUGAAGUGGGUCACUUUUGCCAAGGUACUUGAUGGAGCAUGAAAUGUUUUGAUGAGGGAAUGAGAAUGUGUUUAUGAUUGAAAAGACUCUUAUAGUAUUCAAGGGAACACACUCUGAGCAACAAGGAAGGUGUAUAUAGGACUGAAGAAGAGGAGAGAAUUGGACCACGGGAAGGGAGGAUACCAGAGCCAAGUGGUGUUGUUGCAGUAGGUUUGUUAGGAAAGCAAGUGCCUUUUCUCCAAAGAUUAUAUCAUUGCCUGCCACUUUGGAUUGCCUUUUUUUUACUACCUCUUAUUUUUAAAUGAGCAGAAAAUAGUCAUACACGUGUAUUUUGUUAAAAAUAGAAAAUAAAAAAACACACACACACACACACACACACACACACAUACACCCACAACAAACAAUUGGAGAGAAACCUCAGACACAUCCAGUUUUUCAGGCACACAGAAGAACUCAUUAUCAUGUUGCCUGUUUUACGUACAAAAUUGUCCCACAUUCUACUGUCCAAGUGUACAGGGAGAAGGUCUGUUGUGUUACCGUGUUAUUAAGGUUCUGCUUUUAUUUUUUUUUCUAUUUUAUUACAGAAAUGAAACAAAUUAAAAAAAAUCAGGUCUUACAAGCAUCAUCUGUAACUGACUUUGGACACUAGGGAUGUCUUGUAUUGUUUUUUUUUUUUUUUUUUUAUCCUGACAUAAAGCCAGGGCUUUUGCCUUACUUACGAGACCCCCCUGUUAUUUCUCUCUGUUCGAAGACGUGUGCUUGGUUGCACUUAACAGAUCAAGAAUUGGGGGGAAGGGGGUGCCGCAACAGCAGUGCUUAUUUUCUGCCUUGACGUAUGUAGCGUAACUAUAAAAAAAGAAAAAAAAGUUUCUGUACUGUGAGUCAGCGGAUGCUAAAGGAAUACGUGUUACAUAGGAGUAUUUUGUGGGGGUUUUAUGUUCAUAUUUGUGAUCAAGUAACUCAGCACAGAGACCACGGUUAAAGCGGAGAGAAGUUAAUCACUGUUUCUUUUGUUUAAAAAAGAGAUUGUAUGCUGUGAAGUUGGCUCGUUUGCUUCACCCUCCUCCGUGUAAUGUGUUGGGGAAGCUGCAUUGAUUGACAAAAAGGUCAUAUUUAAGACAGUCUGUUUUAUUUUUACUGACAGUACACGUGAAAUAAUUUUGAAAUCAGUCUAGAUAAUUGUCUUGAAUGAGAGCUGUUGUCUCUGUGCUGUGGAGUAUGACCAUUGAUUGUUAUUUAUAGGGUUGGAAGAGACGUAGCGGGAGGACAGGUUGGGGUACUGGAGAUGUGCUGAUAAUUUUCCAUUCUGAUGGAGAUGUUAAAAGUAUUGCAGGACUCGUAGUAGAGACAGGAUUAACUGUCAACCCUCGGGUGCUGCUGGACAAGUGUCUACUCUGUGUGGUUCACUGGACAAUUUUGCUAUUAGGGUUCAAAUUUAAUAAAUUGUACGGUGGCGUAAUUGCACCUAGCUUUGAAUGCCAUAUUUCACAAGCUAGAUACAAUAACACUCCUCCUCUAGCAGGCCUCUCAGUUUAACUUUUAUACAGACAUUUUUUUUUUUUUUUGCCAUUAUCAAGAUUAAUGUUUCGUUUUGAUUCUGUUGACUUUUGACUUUCAGUGUUCGCCAUAUGCUUCACUGAAAAUAAUGUGUGAUUGAGCUGGUAUUGAUAAUUAAUAAUGAGAUAUCUAAUGUAUCAUAUUCAGAAUGGUGUGGGCAGUUUUUGUUUUGUCUUUUUUUUGUUUUUGGUUUAAGGUGGUUUACUAUGUCUUUGUUACCAUUGUCCAUUGCAAUUUUAUACUUUAAAGUAGAGGUUGGACUAUGUAAUCAACAAAUGUAUCUAACAAUAAAAGACGCAUGGUGCCUUUGGGGCCAUUUUCCCCAGCAAACUCUUUAAA